AUGCAGACAGGGCUGAUUGGAUGCGGCAUCGCUGUAAUGUACUAUGCACUGAAGACAAAUCCGAACGAAACAGAUUUUCUGGACAGCGUUACGGAAAGUCGCUUGAAGUUGAUUCUCGUCGGUGGUCCAACGCAGAAGCCGACUGCCGUUCAGCUAUUGCACCGAUUGACGGACGCGUUCAGUCACGACGUUAUUCGCCGCGUCAAUCUGGUUUUCUGUUCCGUGUUAUGGCGGGACGACUACAGUACUGAUUGUUGCUUGUUUGAAGCUCAGUGUUCAGGCUUGCGUCCUAAAUGGCGAAGUCUACCCAGAAGAAUCGUUGAUGUCGGCAUAUUCGGUCAUUGGAUUUUUCUAGAAACGGGUAUGCAGGACUAUGACGUGAAUCCGGACGAAUUCGACAACAAAGCUGCUUAG